GAAAGAGCCCCCUCUCAAGAGGCUUGUUUUUGAACUUCUCUCAAUAAACCCUGAGAAAGUAACAGUGCUUCCUGAAACCAUCAAGAAAGAAAAUGUCGGUGACAUUGCAUACAGAUGUAGGUGAUAUUAAAAUAGAAGUCUUCUGUGAAAGGACACCCAAAACAUGUGAAAAUUUCUUGGCUCUUUGUGCCAGUAAUUACUACAAUGGCUGUAUAUUUCAUAGAAAUAUCAAGGGUUUCAUGGUUCAAACGGGAGAUCCGACAGGUACUGGAAGGGGAGGUAACAGUAUCUGGGGCAAGAAGUUUGAAGAUGAAUAUAGUGAAUAUCUUAAGCACAGUGUUAGAGGUGUUGUAUCUAUGGCUAAUAAUGGCCCAAAUACUAAUGGAUCUCAGUUUUUCAUCACCUAUGGGAAGCAGCCACAUCUGGACAUGAAAUACACAGUAUUUGGCAAGGUGAUAGAUGGUCUGGAGACUCUAGAUGAACUGGAGAAGUUACCCGUAAAUGAGAAGACAUAUCGACCUCUUAAUGAUGUACACAUUAAGGACAUAACUAUUCAUGCCAACCCAUUUGCCCAGUAGCUAUAAUAGACCUGGACAAAUAUUUGGCAAACUAUUCAAGGAACACACCUAUUAUGGUUUACUCAGUUUUAAUUAUGUCAAAAAUUGCAGCUUGUUUAUAACUAAGAUCUUCCGUGAGUUGCUCGUAGCAAGAGGGGCCAAACAGUGUUUAGUCCUAUUUUUAGAGCAUAUUCUAUGACUGUUAUCUAAUGCAUUUCUUUAAUUAAAAAAAAAACCCUGUGUUUAA